AUGAAGAGGUUCGGCAGCAAGGGCAGGCGGCGAGGGGGCCCCAGGGGGGAGUCUGCUGCUGCUGCUGUACACAGCAGCUUCUGUGUCAGUCUUAGCAGCAUCGAUGCAGCAGCAGCAGAUGCUCAUAAUGAUGAGACUUUUGCCGUUGAAAACCCAAUUGGUGAUGAUUGGCAGCCAAAUGAGGCGUUCUCUAAGGAAUUCGAACUGCAAAAGCAGCAGCGGCAGCAGCAGCAGCUGCAGCAGCAGCACAAUAGAUUGGGACCGACAUCUCCUGCGGCACACCAUGCAGAUGAUUUCCAUCGAGAGCCCUUUGAGCUACCGGCGUUCUUUAGUACAGAUGCAAGAGGCCAGCCAGUAGACGUCGUCCUCGAGUCUUUAGAACCGGAGACCGAUGGUGCUACUGCUGCUGCUGGCAGCAGCAGCAGCAGCAGCUUUCCGCAUGGCUCUCUAGAGGCACUCGAUGCAGCAACUCCCCUGCGGCACUUCGCAGAUGCUCUUGAGCCAGACGAUCACCUGCAGCAGCUGCAGCAGCAGCCGUUGCAGCCGCUGCAGCAGCAGCGGAUGCUGCCACAGUAUCAGCGACAUCUAGGCGACCCAGCAGCAGCAGCAGCACCAGCAGCAGAUCCUCUGUCUCUAGAGGAUCCCUGCAUGCAGUCGUUGCUAUGUGCAGCAACGGGAAAGUUGUUGCGUCCUCCUCCUGGUUUUGACGGUGAGGGGGCUCAGCUGCAGCAGCGGCGGCAGCAGCAACAUAACGCAGCAGCAGCAGCAGCUGCUGCUGCUGCUGCUGCUGUCAGCAGAGACCCUGCUGUUCUUAUGGCAGAGCCUGCAGAGGGCGUGCCUUUUGCAUGGACAGCAGGAGGCAGCAGCAGCAACAGCAACACGGGGCUGAUGACGGCUCAGAACGGGGCGUUUGCUGCUGGUGCUGCUCCUGGUGCUGCUGCUGCUGCUGCAAUGGAUGCCUCCCACAUACGGCCCACGCAGUUGCAGCAGCAACAACAGCAACUGCAGCAAAUGCAGCAGCAGCGGCACGCUGCUGCUGCAGACAUUCCGCCUGGUUGGAACGGGCUUGACGACCUGUGGGGUCCUUCGCAGCAGCAGCAGCAGCUGUUACUGCUUGAGCAGCAGCGGCACGGUUUCUGUGGGAGUGUAGGAGGAAGAGCAGCAGGCAUGCAGCAGCAGCAGCAGCAACCUAUGCCAGUGCUGCAGCACGAGGUCCUGGAGGAACAGCUGCUUCAGCGGCAGCAGCAGUAUCUGCAGCAGCAGCAGCAGCAGCAGGAGCAGCAGCAGCACCACGUCGGCAUAUCGGAGGGAAAGCACGUCACCCAGUCGCACUUACCGAAACAGCAGCAACAACAGCCGCAGCAGCAGCAAAGGAUUGGCAAGGGAUUGUCUGAUAGGCCAAGGGGAGACCAGCGGAGCACAGGGGCAACCCACGGCCGACUGCAGCAUGCAGCAAGCAGCGCGGAUCCGCAGCAGCAGCAGCAGCAGCCGCAGCAGCGUUUGCGCGGUAAGCAACAGCAACAGCAGCAGCCUGCGCAGCCGCAGCGCCGCAGACAACAGCAGCAGCAGCAGCAACAACAACAACAGCAGCAGCAGCAUUUGCAAGAGAAGGGACGACGGCAUCCGAAGCAGCAACAUGAAUUGCAGGUUACGAACGGCAGCAGCAGCAGCAGCAGCAGCAUUUGGCCCCCUCCUAUAUUCCCGUUAACGCGUGGUUUAAUAAAUCAUAUAAUCAAAGAGAAGAUAGAAGACGGCAGCAAGUGGUUUGCUGCUCCUGCAGCAGCAGCAGAUGGUUCCCCUGCAACAGCAGCAACAACCCCUACCUCUUCAAGUCCCUACAACAAUACCAACAGCAGCAGCAGCAGCAGCAGCAGCGGGUUUAUGACUUCUCAUGACUUUGAUGUUAUUCUUCGAGUUCAGCUUUCGCAAACUUCUCGUCGCCCCGAGCUGCAGCGAUAUACAGGCCGAUGGAACUUUCGUUGCAUGCGCAGCAGCAGCAGUAGCAGCAGCAGCAGCAGCAGCAAGAUGCCUUUCGAGUUAGAGAAUUCUCUUAAACAGCUAGCGCAGCAAAUGCACACACAAGGGGGUCUUAUGGAUGCCUUAUUACGCGGAUCUCCUGCUGCAGCAACAGCUGCAACAGCAGCAGGAACAGCAGCGACAACUGCAGCUACAUCAGCAGCAGCUGCUGCGGUUGCCGCAGCAGCAGCAGCUGCUGCUGCUGCUUAUCCUGACGUACAAACACUCGUCAGCAACUCCUUGAUGCACCGCAGACUAUUUGGAUCUGUCUGUACAACUGAAGCAGCAGCUCUGCUGGAAGCAGCAGAAGCAGCAGAGAAAGAGCAGCAAAUGCCGUCCCAGGACGCUGGUCCUGCUGCUGUUGCACCUGCUUCAGGGGAAGCAGGUGCACCUUCUACCUCUGCUGCAGCGACAACAGCUGGCACUUCUGCUGCUGCUGAAGCUGCAGACACAAAUUCUCCCGAGAGCAGCAGCAGCAGCAGCGGGGUGCAUAAGAAGUUCGGCCGUGUUGCUUAUGCCUCUAUUAGACAUCCGCGUAAUGUUAUUCACAUCGAUCGCCGCUCGCAACAAGAAGUUGAUGGUGUUGACUCUGCUGCUUCUGCUGCAGCAGCAGCAGCAGAAGCAGCAGACAGCAGCACCAGCUCGAACGGACUCAGCAAACAGCGCUAUGCUCAACAGCUCGUCAGACAGCUGUCUUUAGGGGCCCCUGGCUUGAGCUCGCUGCAGUCUUCUUUAGCUUUUAAUUCAAUCAUUGAAGAUUGCCACGACAUCCGAUUGGCAGCAACAGCGCUGCUUGCAGAACUCGAAGAGUGCCCAGCAGGUCAUGUGGCAGCUCGUGGCCGUCUGCAGCAGCAGCUACAGCACACGUUGCAGCAGGCAGCAGAGUUGCUGCUGCUUCGGCACUGCAGCAACUCCCUUGCCCCCCCUAUGCUUUAUCUUCUUGACUUUAGUGCUCCUGCUUGUUGCUGCUACCCAGGAGAAUACGUCUUUAGGCUGCGGCAGCACUACCUGCGUUAUCAGCAGCGGCAGCAGCUGCUCCACCAGCAGCAGCAGCAGCAGCUGCAGCAGGAGUUGCAGCAGCAGGAGGAAGAGGACUUUAUUGAUACAUUGCCUCCUGAGUUAGAGAGUAUUGUUAUUGAAGGACGCCGCAGCACUAAAUGGAUGCUGCAGAAGGUUUGCUGCAACAGCAAAGGCAUCGAGCUGCUGCUGUUGCUGCUGCCGCUGCUGACAGAUGCAUGCGUUUCCGUGCUGCUGCAGGGGCUGCUGCUGUGCUCGGAGACGGUUGAGGGGAUAUUUGCAGGAGCAGAUCGUGCCCUAGCAGCAGCAGCAACAGGGGCAGGAGCAGCAGGAACAGCAGAGGCAGCAGCAAAUGAACGCAGCAGCCGUUUGUUUGAAGAGGUGUUAAACUCCACAGGCAUAACGCAUGCAGCAGUUGCUGCGCUACCGAAGGACAGUUUGCUGUAUCUGCUGCUAGUACAGCAGCAGCAGCAGCAACAGCAUCAGCAACAGGAGCAGCAGGAGCAGCAGCAGGAGCAGGGCCUCGCUGGGGGGGGCCCACUAUACGGGGGUUUGCUUCCUUUCGCUGCUAAUGCUGCAUCUUCCGCGAGCGGAGGGAACAGCAAAUGCAAGCCAAAGGCUGCACUGCCCCUAGAGUUACUGCAGCAGCAGCAGCAGCAGCAGCGGCAGUUGCUGCUGCUGCGGCCUCUGAUUCGUAGUUUGCUGCAGCAGGCAAGACAGUGCCCAGCUUGGGCAGCAGCAAUCACCACAGAAGUUGUGGAACGAUGGGGAGCGUCUGCUGCUCGUUCUUUCCUUGCCGCGCUUGUCGCUGCAACAGAAUUUUAG